AUGGCGGACCUGAAGUGCACUAAUGAUGAACUUGACCUUUAUACGACUGAGGGAUUUGACAUUCAACAAUUGCCGGACUACAACCGCGAAUUUCUUUCUGAUGAGCAUUCUAACGCAUUUGCAGCUGCAUUGGGAGCCCCUGAGAUAGUUUUAUCACCGGGAGGUGAGGAGUUAAGCGAGAAAGUAGGUCCCAGUUACGCCGAGCAUGCGAUUAAUGAUUGUCGGACCGAGAAAGGCGAUUAUCGUUCAAAUGGAGACAGUUUGAUCACGAACCGGAAAAAUUUAUUCAUCACGGCGCAGAAUGAUUGGGCACCAGUUGCUCCGGCAAAAGGUUCAGCUCGUGGCAAUAAGAAAGGCACAGGAAGACGGAAAGCGAAAAAAAACCGCACGAGUGAUGAGACGAGAGAAGGCCAUGCAUACACUCUAUUCAAGUGGCCUUUUUUAGUCUUUGUUGUGGCUUGGAUGAUUGCACUUUCCUUAAGUUACUUAUUGACAAGACUUCACGUAUGGCUCUACGAACACUACAUCAAUUGGAGAGGUCGACGCAAGAACUUAAGGAAGGACCUUCAGAGUACAACCAACUUUGCUGACUGGGUGGUAGCUGCAAAUAAAUUGGACGAGUUUCUAGGAAAUGAGCUUUGGAAAGUGGAUGAUGUAUAUGCAUAUUACGAUUAUAAGACAGUUAGGCGUGUCUUAGAACAGAUUAAACGCUAUCGAAGGAAAAUCAAGCAAGUAAGCGACCAGAAAGUUGUAAAUGAAGAAUUGUUACAUCAGAUCAAGAGAACUGUCGAAGACCUAAAGGCACUUGUAUGCGCCUGCGUAAAAAAUAAUUUCGUAGGUGUUGAGAACUCGCGAUUGUAUUCGGAGACAUACUUCGGUACCAAGCACCUUGUUCAAGAAUUUAUCGAUGAGGUUGAAAAUGGACUUUUUCUUUUAGAAAAUACUCCUUACCUAAAUAAAGAACACAAGCGGGCUCUAUUUAAACGAUUAUAUACAAAUUACGGACGAACAGCUCUCUGUCUAUCCGGGGGUGCUUCGUUCGCAUACUACCAUUUUGGUGUUGUUAAAGCCUUACUAGACGCAGAUUUAUUGCCUGAUGUUAUUACCGGUACCUCAGGGGGCGCCCUCGUGGCAGCUAUGGUUGCUACCCACACAAAUGAUGAACUCAAAAAACUUCUCGUACCAGCUCUCGCGGAAAAGAUCUCAGCAUGCUCCGAACCUUUCAGAACUUGGUUCCCAAGAUGGUGGAAGACAGGAGCUCGAUUUGACUCAGUGGAUUGGGCCAAACGUUGUAGUUGGUUCACGAGGGGAAGUAUGACAUUUAGUGAGGCGUAUGAUAGAACAGGAAGAAUUCUGAACGUUUCUUGCGUCCCAGCUGAUCCUCAUUCUCCAACAAUUCUCGCCAACUACAUUACUAGUCCUGAUUGCGUUAUAUGGUCGGCUGUUCUAGCAUCAGCUGCAGUCCCCGGUAUCCUAAAUCCAGUCGUUCUUAUGAUGAAGACCCAAGAAGGAAAACUGAUUCCUUACUCCUUUGGCCAUAAGUGGAAAGACGGAAGUCUUCGAACUGACAUUCCACUGAAGGCUCUCAACUUACAUUUUAACGUUAACUUUAGCAUUGUCAGCCAAGUUAAUCCUCACAUCAAUUUAUUUUUCUUCUCCUCUCGUGGCGCGGUUGGUCAACCUGUCACGCAUCGCAAAGGUCGUGGCUGGCGCGGAGGUUUCCUUGGUAGUGCUUUGGAGCAAUAUUUGAAGCUAGACCUAAAUAAAUGGCUAAAAGUGAUACGUGCGCUAGAGCUGCUUCCACGCCCACUUGGUCAAGAUUGGAGUGAGAUCUGGCUUCAACAGUUCUCUGGAACAAUCACCAUCUGGCCUCGCACAGUUAUUUCCGACUUCUGGCGUAUACUAAGUGACCCGGAUCCCAAGGAUCUUGCAAGAAUGUUACACGCAGGGCAGCAAAGCGCUUAUCCUAAGUUGAAAUUCAUUGAAAAUCGUCUAAGAAUUGAGCGAACUAUCGAGCGCGCUCGCCGAGCGACCAGGGCAGGACUUCAGCAAAGAUCUAGUAUUGAUAGUAUCAUUAGCAAGGCUAGUUCACUUGCCACAGUUCAACUUUUAGAAGAACUGGGAACGGAAGAUGAAGGCAGUAUCACUGCGGAAGUUGAAGAAACCGAGAAUGAGAUAGGCCAAAUUGAAUCCAAUUAG